GCCUCAGCGGGACUAGACCAACAGCUAAGCUGUUUUAAGUUCUUUAUAUUGCCAAAUUUACAAAAAGACAUUAGACAGUUUUAUUUUAUGUGGAAAUUUAGAAACAAAUGAAUGAUAAAGUACCGUUAAAUAUAUGUAGUUGUAUAAACGUUUGUAUGUUCGUGGCCUAUAAGCAAAUUUUAAUAUAUGACUCGGGCGCUCCUACGAGGUAACAGAAACAAAGAAAGUUCAAACUUAAUUUGAUCUGUACUUAUUGUAUUUAAUCUUUCAUGACGUAAAACUUACAACACAAAAAGCAGAUAUUAAGCGGAUAAUUUUUAAUAAUAGACAAUUUAAAAUAACUGUAAACAAUUAGUAAAAGUAAUCCAGUUUUUUCAUAUAAAUAGAAGAGCUCUCAGAGAUUUUAAUUAAAUAAGAAUCUUAGGAGAAGAAAAAUAAUACCUUUAAAAUAUCUUAAAUUUAGUUGCAAAAAGUAUGAAUAAAAGUUUGACAAACAUUACUACAAAAUUGGUUGCAUCUUCGACUCGAGUAAUUUUUUCUUUGACUGGAUUAAGUUUGUUGUCUCUGUUCAUCAUCUUUAUUAAUUUAUAUUGUCUAAUUAUUACAUAUCAAAGUCGGAAGCUACAUAAACCAUCAAAUGUUGCAAUUUGCAGUUUAAUUUUAGCGCAUCUAAUCCAAGGAGUUAUUGUUAUUCCGUUGUAUACAUUGAAACGGAGCAAUUUUGAAAUCCCAUUUUUGACUUGCGAUAUGUUUCGAUUUUUUUACAUGUUAACAAAUUAUGCAGCAUGUUUAAGCUUGAUGAUCGUCACAAUUGAUCGUUUUCUGCAUUUGCAAAAUCCUUUUAAGUAUCGGGUUUAUAUAACUGUAAAACGAAUCUGUAUAUUUUUAGUCAUCAUGUGGAUAUAUACGAUAGCGCUAUGUUUAAUACCAUUUGUAAACCAAGUCAAUAGGUCGGACUGUUCUUACAUUCCAUCAAAACUUUGGACGGCAUUUAUGUUAAUUUGUAAUACUAGUGUUCCAUUGCUCUUUACUAUAAUACUUUAUUUGAUGAUCUUUAAAAAAGCCCGAGCAGUUGAAAAAAAAAAAAGGUUAAUUCAAAAUCUAAGGUUUGUGUAUCUAAACAAAUCCAAUAUAGUAUUUUUGAUUGUAUUUUGUUAUGUUAUAUGUUGGGGGCCAAGUUGCAUAUAUUAUUUGCUGGAAUCUUUGUGUCACGAGAGCUGUUUCCGUCGCAACUAUCAUGAAACCACAAGUGAAAAAGUUGUAACAUUAGUUAUGAAAAUAAUGACGUUUAUGGAUGGAUUCAUAGCUCCAUUUAUUUAUUGCAUUGGAAACAGGACUUUUAAGAAAGCUUCUAAGCUGUCGAGAAAUAGAAUGAAGGUGGCUUUUAGCAAUAUAUUAGAUCGAUCUUCUAUUGUAGCGUAAAUAGGUUUUUUAUUAUUAUGUUUUCUAUUUAUAUUACAGUGUAUGUUCAAAAAUUUGAAAAAUUUCAAUGUUUUUGAAAAAAAUUUCAAUUUUUCAAGUUUCUGUAAGAAAUUUAUGCUGUUUUUCCUCCCUAUGUAAGUGAACAACAAGUAGGAAUAUUUUUUCCCUUUAUAGCUUAUAAUCCCCUUGUAAAUUCAGUUAGAUAUAAUAGAAAGUUUUUUAAACUAAAUCGCUUUUUACCGUAUUUUACAGCAAAGAAAAAAAAAGGCAAAGAGAAAUCAGUUUUUACGGAAAAAUUUUAGCUUGUUAUGUUUUGU